UGAAAAAUCUAGCCAGCAGUUUCUUUGAUCUAGAAUACUCUCUUUCAUCAUAAAAUUCUCUUCUUUUUUCUGUAACUUGUACAAUUUUUUUUUUUUCGCAACCUAGUGGUAUGGCAAGGCCGGGGAAUAAGAUCAUUCAAGCCAAGCUGGUUCUUCUUGGAGAUAUGGGAACUGGAAAGACCAGUUUAGCAUUAAGAUUUGUAAAAGGCCAAUUCUUUCAUAACCAGGAACCAACCAUAGGAGCUGCUUUUUUCACUCAAAUGUUAUCAUUAUCUGAAGCGACUGUGAAGUUUGACAUAUGGGACACAGCUGGACAGGAACGAUAUCAUAGUUUGGCUCCAAUGUACUACCGUGGUGCAGCAGCUGCAAUUGUUGUAUAUGACAUCUCAAGCAUUGAUACAUUUGUUCGAGCCAAAAAAUGGGUUCAGGAAUUGCAAAGACACGGAAGUCAAAAGUCAGUGAUGGCAUUGGUAGCAAAUAAAUCUGACCUGGAGCCAAAGAGAGAGGUUGAAACAGAGGAAGGAGAGCAAUUUGCUCAAGAGAAUGGAAUGUUCUACAUGGAAACUUCGGCUAAGACUGCAGAGAACAUCAAUGAGCUUUUCUAUGAAAUAGCAAAGAGACUAGCAAUAGCUAUGCCACCAAAACCUACGGGAAUGAAGUUCAACAACGAAAUACAAGACAGGGGGAGAAAUUUUUUUUGUUGCUCGACAUGAUAUUCCUAUGUAAUCAAGUCACAGAAUAACGAAUGGUAUCAAGGUGCCCUUGACUUC